GACUCGUUACCAGGGCAUCGUGCCUCCCGUUCCCAGGAACCAUGACAAAGACUUUGACCCUGGUUCCAAGUACCACAUAGCCGCCAACAAUCCUUACAUAAGGUACUUCGUCAGCUCUGUGCUGCAGUUCCAGUUCCACCAGGCCCUGUGUCAGACCUCCGGGCAUACCGGCCCGCUGCACAAGUGUGACAUCUCUGCAGGGCCCAACAAGGCGGCCGCUGGGGAAAAGUUGGCCCGAAUGCUCCAGAUGGGUGCCAGUCAACCGUGGCCGGACGCCAUGGAGGUGAUCACUGGCCAAAGGACGAUGUCAGCUCAGCCGAUCGUGGAGUACUUCCAACCACUCAUCACUUGGUUGGAAACACAGAACGUCGGAGAGACACUCGGCUGGGACGAAAGCUGGACUCCUCCUUGUGAGUGA